UUAAAUGCAUAUUUUCCUUUAAUUCAAUAAUUUGCUAAUAAUCGAUUUAUUUCUUUAUUUGGGUUUUGUUUUGUAUUUGUUUAUGGUUUGUAUUUACCAAUUGAUUAAACAUGCAUGUGAAUUGUGUAUGCACUGAAUGUAAGUGGAGCUUCUCUGGGGGGCCAUGGCUACCCCUGACCACCCCUUGGGGCGCCACUGGGGGAUAUAGGAUACAGAGCAAUAAUUACGUUUCUAGACAGAUUUAGAAAGUAGAAUAUAAGAAGUGUCAUAUUUUAUUUUGUUUUAUUAUUUUUUUAAUAUAGGUUAGGAAAGAAAAGAAAUACCGUCGUACUCCAACAGGUAGCGGUAAUGCAUUGCCGAAUUGAUUGUCAACCGCCAGUAAAACAUGAAGAAGAAGAAGUAACCGAUUACCCGAAAUGCAAUAGGAUUAGGGAAAUGCCAGGCGGGCAAUAGAAAAAUCACCAGAGUUUGUCCUUCGCUGUUUACAAUGUUUUAACAUUCUUAUAAACCAAGGUUUAUUGCCAAAGCCCGCCGCAUAUAAUUAAACAUUUUAGGAUUAUACGAGAAGAGGCGAAAUUGUUUUCCUUUAAGGGAAAGAGACGGUGGAGUUGGUCCUCGCGUGGGCAUCUUUCAAAGCUAGCGUGUUAGCUGUAAUGCUGCCCUAGGCGCUCACUUUCUCGUGGAAUGGGUAGAAUCUAAGUAGGUAGUUAGAGUUAAAUGUGUGCUAAAUAUGUCUAGCUUCAACUUUGGAUCGGGGACUCUUGGUCCCACCAAUACGGGUGGAGGAUUCUCAUUUGGGGGCGCAACCACAGCACCUGCAGCCAAUGCUGGUGGCUUCUCUUUCGGAACCGCUCUGGGUACAGCACCUGCCACCCCUGCCUCCACCACUAGUACCACCCCAUCUCUUGGACUCGGAGGAACUCUCUUUGGUCAGAAACCUGCUGGAGGUCUCUCUUUUACCACACCAGCCUCAAGUGCUGUUGCACCCACUACUGGCCUUACGUUAGGUGCCCCAGCCACUAGAGCAUCCACCACCGGCUUUAGUUUGGCUUUUAACAAGCCUACUGCCUCCGCAACACCCUUCUCCCUCCCUACUCCUGCUGCCACCUCUUUGCAAGCCCCUGGUGGGACAGGUUUGUCAUUCGGCUCUGUCCUAACGUCCACAGCUUCUCAGCAGCCUGCAGGUACAGGCUUUACCCUUGGUCUUGGUGCCACAACAACAACCGCAGCAGCCUCAACAGGCCCAUCACUGGCUGGGGGUCUCUUCGCCAGUACCUCUUCUGCAAGUUUAGGUCAGCCCACUCUCGGAGGUGGUGGGCUAACACUCAAUUCUCUAUUGGCUACCUCCACCACAGGAUCGUCAGCCCCUGCGCCAAGUAUUGGCCUAGGUGGAGUUGACUUUAGCACUUCUUCUGAAAAUAAGAGUGACACAUCUGGAGCUAAUGCACAGGACAGUAAAGCAUUAAAGGAUGAGAACCUUCCUCCUGUCAUUUGUCAGGAUGUGGAGAAUUUUCAGAAAUUUGUAAAGGAGCAGAAGCAGGUUCAAGAGGACAUCAGUAGAAUGUCAUCUAAAGCCAUUAGUAAAGUCCAAGAUGACAUCAAGAGCCUCAAACAGCUUCUUUCUGUCAGUGCCAGUGGUCUGCAGCGCCAAGCUUUGGCUAUUGACAAACUAAAACUGGAGACAGCGCAGGAGCUGAAAAAUGCUGACAUAGCCCUUCGUACACAGAAGACUCCACCUGGACUUCAACAUGAGAACACUGCUCCCUCAGAUUAUUUCCGGAUCCUGGUAGAACAGUUUGAGGUGCAGUUGCAGCAGUAUCGUCAGCAGAUAGAAGAGCUGGAGAACCACCUCACAACACAGAGCAGUGGGUCGCACAUCACUCCUCAGGAUCUAACCUUAGCCAUGCAGAAAUUGUAUCAGACAUUUGUUGCACAGGCUGCCCAGCUCCAGUCCGUUCAUGAAAAUGUCAAGAUCUUGAAACACCAGUACCUUUCUUAUCGACGAGCCUUCCUGGAGGACUCCACGGAUGUCUUCGAGUCCAAACGCACAUCUGGGAGGAAGUGGCAGAGUACACCUCGGGUCACAACUGGGCCUGCCCCCUUCUCCAGUGUGCCCAACGCCGCAGCGGUUGCAAUGGCAGCUACGCUGACCCAGCAACAGCAGCCAACUCCAGGGACCCAGGCACCCUUGGGGGCAGGGUUCGGAAACCCUUUUGCCUCAGCAGUGGGCACUAGUCUGGGCUCUUCUACUCUUGGAGGUUUCAGUGGUGGCCCAGGAUUUGGUGGGGUUGGGACUGGGGGGUCUUCUUUUGCCUUCUCCUCUGCAGCUAAACCCACGGGAGGCAGUCUAAGUGCAGGCUUUGGUAGCAGCAGCAGCUCAGGCUUUAACUUCAGCAACCCUGGCAUCAACCCAUCAGCUGGCCUGACCUUUGGUGUUUCUAAUCCCCCAUCUGCAGCCUUUGGCGCUGCAGGACCCCUUCUACAGCUCAAGAAGCCCCCUGCUGGUAAUAAAAGGGGCAAGAGAUAGAGCCAUGCAACGACACAAUCUGACCAGCUUGGGGUUUUUAGCCGGUAAGGCCAGGUCUCCCAAAAGCAGAUAUCAAUGCGCCAUUUGAGCAACAACACAAUCACCCAUUUAAAAUAAUAGGUAAAGACAAAAUUUCUGAAAUUACUCAAAAUUGUGGCUUUUCACACUUUUGUAUUAUGUCAAAAAUUCUCCACUGAUGUGAAUUCUUGUUCUGGAGCCUAUAGCUUAUAUUUCCUUUCAGAGAUAAUACAAAAAAGUAGCCCAUGUUCAUGUUUUUAUUUGAUCAUCUAACCACUGAACUUGUAACACACAGGUCUUACUAAGCAGUAUCUGAAUCAAUAUAGAGACAGUGGCACGUAUGGAUAAACUUGUUUGCGUAAUUUGACUUUGGUCAUUUGCUCGCCCUCAGAAUGUUGCCUGCCUACUGCAACCUGUAGCAAUGCCAGCCGCAGACAUAGCUGGAUCAAGCCUGAAGCGUCUCAGUUAUCUGUGAGGAUUUGCUUUAGUCCAAAUAUUGUACAGGACAGACUGUGCUUUCGCGCUUGGCUGGUGCAGUUGGGUCCUUUUUUGUUUUACACUAAAGGCCGGUUGUAGAACUGCACUUCCCUGCUGUUCAAACAAGGAGUUUGACCCAAAUCUCGUCCAUGAAAGGGUAAGAUAAGGUAAAGGGAAAGAGGAUUAAGGGGUAAUAAUUAAUAACAGAAUUGUCCCCUGUCGACUGAUACGAGACAGUUUUACAGGCACAAAAACAUGUCCAGGGUGGUUUUUGGGGAAGCACAGUUUUAUUUUUCUAUCAAGAGAAGGACGUUAUAAUUGGGUAUAAAGGGGGCUAACGCUUUGGGAACUAGUCCACCUAACCGGUGUUGUCUUUGCUAGCCCUAAAGUCCAUUUAUUAAUUACGUUGUAGGUAUAUUUUGGUUUGCUGUGUCUGUCUUUGUAAGAAGAAAAGACACUGAGCUGUUUGUAUUCCAUGACUUUCAUUGGAUUAGAAUCUGAAAGGGACUUCACAAGCAGAUUCUACCCACUCAUGUUAUACAUGUGCUUGCCAGUGUAUGUGGUCGUGAGGAUGUGCAUGCGUGUCUACUGCACACGUAUGAGUUUGCCUCUGGUUUGUCAUAGUUGCAGACUUCCUUUUGAGCGUUGGAUGUUGAUUUUUUGGCCGGAGGGGGGAGGUGGGGUUAUGCCUUUUUUGUUCCUUUUUUUUAAUUGUCCAUGUAAGUCCAGUUACCAAAUACUGGUAGUUGUAUUCUUGUUUUCUAAUCUGCGUAAACUUGUAUUUUCAACAAACUGUUUAUUAAUAAAAACUUCAAACUUA